AUGGCUUACAACGUGUCCAACGAGCAAGAUAAUAAUGGUGUUUACGCUUAUGAUCCACCACUUUCUAAGCUGAUUAAGUUCUGGCUGUUGAUCAUUGGUGUAACAACGGCUACACCAUGCUAUCUCUUCCUAAUCUACUAUUUCUUAACCAAGAAAUCUGUCCGAGAAGCUCUCUACAAUCAUGUGAUUAUUGCUAGUUUAUUUGUUGAUUUCAUCAUUCUUACCGUGGAUCUUUCAUGUCACAUGGGAUAUCUAAGAUUAGGAUAUCUUGUACCGUCAUCGCCAGCUCUCUGUUUGAUCUGGCAAUUGAUAGACUAUGGAUUCUGGUAUGGAGAUUUAUUCUUGAAAUCAUGGGCAGCUGUUGAACGUCACAUUCUGAUCUUUCAUACGAAUCUCAUCAGCACACCAUGGAAACGUGUCUUUGUUCAUUAUUUACCACUGGUCUUCGUGACGUUUUACACUCCACUUACCUAUGUCUACUUGAUUUUCUUUUAUCCUGCUGAACAUACUUAUAUUUACGAUAUAUUAAUGUGUAGCGGUCCUUAUUAUUAUUUAAACAUUCCAACGUGGCUGAUUUGGUAUGAAUCAAUCUUUCAUUAUGUCGUUCCGAUAUUCGUUCUAACUAUCUUCAGUAAUGCUCUCUUCUUUCGGAUUCUCCUUCAAAAAAGUCGUUUACGAGUUGCUCAAGGUUGGCGACAGUAUCGCAAAAUGACGAUACAACUGAUUUUUGUUACAAUCACCUAUCUAUUCGACUUGCCUUACAUCAUCGUCACCAUCGUACGAUGGUCUGGAUUUCCAAAUUUCGGAACCGACUUGCAAGGACCUUACUUUUACUAUGUGAAUUACAUUCCAAUUGUGCUUUUUCCAUUCGCACUUCUUUGCUCGAAUCCUAAAAUUUUAAGAUCAAGUUUCUCCUUGCGAAGACGACAACAUCGACAAGUGGGAGCGACAGCGCUAAACAAAACGAUUUUGAACUAA